AGGCGUCAUCGUUCACCAACCAGGAAGUGUCAGUAGCCUCUGUGUUAUUGUGAGGUGUGCAGGGUGUGGAUGGGUAGUUUAGUUUAGUUGGGAGGUUGUGCAGGUUGCUGCUAGAGACAAGACCUAUUUAACCGUGGUGAUUCAACACGUUAUAAAUCAGAGAGAUGUCUCCCGAUGAGCUGGUGUACUUGGGGAUUCUUGCUGCCUCCAUCCCUGUUGGAUUCCUCUUCCGUUACCUCAGUCCUCCUGUGAAGCAGGGGGCAGCUCUUCUUCUGGGCCUCUCUGUGGCCAUCGCUACCUGUAACAUCCACACGCUCCACUCUCUGGUGACGGUGAUUGGAACAUGGAUUAUUAUAAAGAGCAGCUGGCGGCAUGCCCCAGCGUUGAGUCUCACCUGGACCUUCGUCUACCUCCUUUUCUUCCGUCUGGUCACUCGGUUCGGUUUGCCUCCACCGACACCUUUCGCCAACGCCAUCCAGCUACUUCUCACUCUCAAGAUGGUGAGUCUUGCAAACGAGGUGUACAGCUUCCACAUGGAGAAGAAAAAGGACGUGAGCUCUUUCGCCAAGUCUCCCGUCAUUGGCGGUCUGUCUCAGGAGCCCUCCCUCUACGAUAUUCUGUCCUAUAGCUACUGUUACGCCGGUAUAAUGACCGGUCCGUUCUUUCGCUUCCAAACCUACGUUGACUGGCUGAGGCAGCCGAGCCCUCAGGCACUGCCCGGCUGGGUGCCGUGUCUGCAGCGUCUGAAGCUGGUUCCUGUCUACGCCGCUCUGUUCCUGGGUGUCAACUCUGUCUUCCCGCUGGCCUACGUUCGCACAGAGGAGUUCCUGGAUCAAAACUAUUUCUUUAGGCUUUUCUACAUGAUAGCAGUGUUCUUCGUGUUCAGGAUGCGUUUCUAUGCAGCGUGGUGCGGAGCUGAGGCUGGUUGUAUCAGUGCAGGUCUGGGCUGCUAUCCAGAAAACGCUCUGGCCAAACCUGGAGGAGGACCCACCGUCAACUACAGUCCUGAUCCCACCACUGAAGAGAAAUAUGACUUCAAAACCAUCCAGAACAUUGACUGUUACAACACCGACUUCUGCGUGAAGGUCCGCCAUGGCAUGCGUUACUGGAACAUGACGGUGCAGUGGUGGCUUCAUCACUACAUCUACCCCAACGCCCCCUUCAAAGCCUACGCUCUCAGGGCCGGCUGGACCAUGUUCAUCAGCGCCUACUGGCACGGACUACAUGCCGGCUACUACCUCUCCUUCCUCACCAUCCCCCUGUGCAUCGCAGCCGAGUCGGCCAUGGAGUCCUCUGUCCGAGUUAAACUGGGUCCUUUUGGACAGAACAUCUUCGACUGGGUUCACUGGUUCCUGAAGAUGAGGGCCUACGACUACAUGUGCAUGGGCUUCGUGCUGCUGAAGGCUUCUGACACCAUCAACUACUGGACAUCCAUCUACUUCGUCAUGCACAUCAUCGCCGUCUGCUGUAUAAUAGUCGGCAGAGUUCUGAAGGGAGGGAAACGGGAAGGAAGGAGAGGGGACAAGGAGGAGAAACGAGAGGGAGAGAAGAUAGAAAACGUGAAAACUGGAGAAAAAACAGACUGAAUGGAGGAACAGAAAAGAACUGGGUGGAUACUUUUUUUGGGACAUGAGGAGGGGUUACUUAAACACUAGAACAUCAGCCGCACCAACUCUCAUCUUCCUAGCAACAAACGUCACACAGGUCCCACAAGAUUUCUUGUGGAAAAAUGUAAAAGUAAUAAAAAAAAUGUAGAUAAAUCAGACGAAAGUGUGUAAAAUCCGUUAAAGGACAUUCCAUAAAUGUACAUCAAGGUACUGUGAACACUGGGAGAGGAAUGUUUGAGCUCAAUGAUUGUUACUUUUGUAGUGUGAGAGGCGACUGGGUUGUAAAUAGUUGAUUCACUCCCCUCAUCUGAGCGUCUGCUUGUACAGUACUUGUGCUUUUAUUUCACCAUACCAUUCACAGUUUUGAGUGUUUAAGUGAACUAUAUUACUUGUCAAGCCGAGGUUGUUGAAAUGUCAAGAUGCUGAUUUAAAAACAGGCAGUAGGGUUCGUCAAACUAUAACCAGCUAAAUCCUCAUAAUGAUCUUAUAAAUAUUAACCAA